AUGUUCGGUAUCCUCAAAUUUCAGACCUUUCUCCUGGUGGUCCUCCUUUUCAUAUGCUCCUGCACAUACAUCCAUGGAGUCUUUCCUGCAUGGCUUGAUCGUAGCAAGAGCGGUCCACUUGGCACAUUCUGGCGAGCAGCACGAGUUGGUGAGAGGCUGAGUCCAUAUGUGAGCUUAUGCUGCGUUGCUAUGGCAGUCAGCAUAUUGAUGGGCGAAUGA